UGUGCGUUGUGUCUCGUGUGUUGGUGGGUGGUCGUGGUGAAUGGACGCAUGUUUGCUGGCUUUUUAGAAGGGGGCGAUCAUUUUAACAUUUUUGAUCUAUUUUGAGAUUCUCUGUUUCAUUUUGCUGAAUUCAGUUUCCAUUUAACCCUCACAAACUACACACAAAGCACAGCAAUUGAAUUGAUAUUGCCAACCACCAUGUCCAUUACAAAUGCCUUUUUUCACCAUUGCUUGUGAUCAAGUAUUAUUUACUUUAUUGGGCUUAUAUUGCCUCAAAGGAAGGUACCAACUACAGUCAUAUACCUACGGACAUAACCACAGAGAUACCCACAUCAUUAAUUGCAAUCUGCCAGGAGAUAUCACCCCCGUCGAGAGUGCCUCGUGCGAAAGUGACUGUGGUGCGCGCUCAGGCAGACAGUGGCCGCAGCGGUGAUGCAGUGAUCCUCCCCUCGCCUCCGUCGUGCCUCCGCCAUGCCCGGUGUGGUCAGUGUGGAGGAGUUUGCGCACGAGACGCGCGAGGAUGUCACCUCGCCGACGACGUCCACGUUUGUCACCAAGAUCCCCCAGUUCCGGCAGAGCAUCGCCUGUCUGGAGGAGAUGCUUGAUCACGACAGAGACAGUUUGAACAAGAUGCGCAAAGCUGUCAAGGCCAUCUCGAAUAGCGGAAAUGCGCACCACGACAACGAGAUGUUUCUGGCCAAGCAGCUGGAGCGUCUGGCCUCCAACCGGGACGAGUGUCCCGAGUUGAGUGCCGCCUUCCAGCGGUUCUCGGCCGUCACUCAGGAGCUCUGCGCCCUCAUGCGUACUCUGACUCAGAACCUCAACAAUACGGUACUGUUUCCGCUGGACAAUCUCAUGAAGGGAGACCUGAAAGGAGGAAAAGGUGAUCUCAAGAGGCCGUUCGACAAAGCCUGGAAGGAUUACGAAAACAAGUUUCUGAAGAUUGAGAAGGAAAAACACCGACAGGCGAAGGAGGCGGGUCUGAUCCGCAGCGGCGAGCUCUCGGCCGCCGAGCUGGCAGACGUUAUGGAGGCCGAACGGAAAAUGUUCCAGCUGCAGAUGUGUGAGUACCUGAUCAAAGUGAACGAGAUUAAAACGAAGAAGGGCGUGGACCUGCUGCAGCACCUGGUGGAUUUCCACCAUGCCCAGGAUAAUUAUUUCCGUGACGGCCUGAAGCGCGUGGAGCAGUUCGGUCUGUACGUCCAGGAGCUGCAGACGCAGCUACAGGCGGUGCGGUCCGAACAGGAGGCCGACCGGCGUCAGCUGCUCGAGGUGCGCACCCUGCUGCAGCAGUCGCACCACCACCUCGACGCCAAGGAGCCGGUCAGCACGUCACCCGGGUACUCUCUACACAGGCCGCAGGGCGACAAGGCUCACGGCUUCACCCGCCGCGGCUGGCUCAAAAAGAAAUCGGACGGUGUGCGCAAGGUGUGGCAGAAGCGGCGCAGCGAGGUGCGUGAUGGCUACCUGUACAUCUGCCACUCCGACGAGACCAAGCCGCCGACUACCUUCAACCUGCUCACCUGCCACGUCAAGCCAGUGACCGACGACCCGCGCGCCUUCGACCUGAUCUCGUUUAACCGUACGUACCACCUGCAAGCCGAGGACGAGGCGGACCGGGUGGCCUGGAUGUCGGUGCUGAUGAACUGCAAGGAGGGGGCGCUGCAGAAGGUGUUUGACGACACCGGACGGCCUACCGACGAGGUGAGCCAAGGCCUGCGGGAGCUGCAGCAAUCCAUAAUCAGCGCCGUGCUCCGACUGCCGGGAAACGACUGCUGCUGCGACUGCGGCUCGCAGAACGACGUGACGUGGCUGUCGACCAAUUUUGGCAUCCUGGUUUGUAUCGAGUGUUCGGGGAUUCACCGUGACCUGGGCGUGCACAUCUCCCGUAUCCAGUCGCUGACGCUCGACCACGUCGGUACUAGCCAGCUGCUGCUGGCGCGGGUCAUGUCCAACAACGGCUUCAACGACGUCAUGGAGGCGCGCCUGGACCCGGCCAAGAAACUCAAACAGACGGCCACCAUGGAGGAUCGUUACUCUUUCAUCCGAGCCAAGUACGUGGAGCGCCGGUUCGCGUUGCACUCGACCAACGACCCUUACGAGCUGCUGCAGGACGUCGAGCUGGCCGUCAGCACGCGGCACCUGUACCAGCUGCUGGCGGCCUUCGCCGAGGGCGCUGACCUGACCGCUCCCAUCACCGGCAGUCAGCUGCGCGAGACGGCGCUCCACCUGGCCGUCAGACAGGAGGUGGACGGCAGCUCUCUACACAUGGUCGACUUCCUCGUACAAAACUCGGACUCGGUCAACACACAGACUGCGGAGGGCAACACGGCGCUACACUACUGCGCCAUCUACAACCGGCCAGAGUGUAUGAAACUGCUGCUGAGGGCCGGCGCCGACCCGCGCCAGGUCAACAACAACGGCAAAACGCCGCGGGAUAUCGCCGGCGAGCGCGGCUACGCACUCUGCAAGGAACUGCUGGAGCACGCGCUGGCCGGCAAGAAGUCUGUGUUUGAGAACGUUAGUGUCGACAGUUGGAACCUGAGCAACUACGACGACGGCAGCACCGACUUCUCCGACGACGAGACCACCGUCGUGGAGGACAGGGACAGGCACCAGAUUCGUUCGUCGACAGACAGUCUGCGCUCCAGUCCCAGCACGUCCCGGCGGACGGACGCUGCCCGCCGGCCGGCGCACUCCAAACGGCCGAGGCCCGUGGGUGGUGUGCGGCCGAUCGGCGGCCUGCAGCGGCCGCGCGCGCCACCUCCGCCGGCCCCUGCGGGUGCGCCAGCCGCCGGCGGCCCGCUGCGGCUCGCCAACGGCCGCUCCACGGAGAGCCUGUGCAGCGUGGUGUCCGAGACAGGCGAGGUGGGCCGGCCGCGCCGGCAGCGGGCCGAGUCGUACCGGCCCGUGCGCCGCUGCUGCGCCAUGUAUGACUGCGACGCCGAUAAUGACGACGAGCUCACCUUCUCCGAAGGCGAGAUAAUCGUCAUUCUGGCUGAGAGCACCAGUGACGAGGACUGGAUGGAGGGCUGUAUCGAGUCGGAGCCGCACCGGCGCGGCAUGUUCCCCAUGUCGUUCGUCUACAUGCUCAAUGACUGACCCAGGGAGAUCCCGGCCGGCGCCGGCACGCACGGCCGCCGGCGCGUGGCGCUGGCCGCCGCCCGCGAGCGGCUCCGGCGCGCCAGUCUGCGAGACGCGCCGUAUUUGUAGUGGCGCGGUGAGCGGUCGGCGGGUCCGGCUGUCUGCGGGCGGUGACGCUUGUCUGACCAGCGGCUGAUCUACGUGUCUGUCCUGUGUGACCUACCCGGCCGUGGAUCACCGCUGCCGCGCGCCGGCCGAGCCGCCCGAGUUGUUACGAUACGAUGAUGAUAUUUCCACAGUCUCGGCCGCGCGCCCGGUGUGACUGGGACCUGUUUGUACCUUUGGCUGGCCGUGCGUGGGCGAGCGCUGAUGUCUGUAUCCCUCCAGUUCCUGCUGUAUUUCUGUGUACGUGUGGGCCGGCCGCGUAUCGGCGGUGAGUGGCGGGACCCUACGCCUCCCUCCUCUGCCCGUUUUUCAUCGUGUUGUGUCUGCAUGUUCUGUGUCGGCGAGCCACGCCUGACUGUCUGCCCACCCUGCCUCAGCCGUGCGCCGACCGCUCGCCCGCAUCGCCAGCCCAGUGUUUCAUGUGCAUGCUUAUUUAUUCUUACACGGCCGUCGGGCGGGUGAUCACACCGCCCGCCGACGGCUGAUUUACGCGUCCAUCGGCUUUACGCUGCCGAUUACGGCACCGAUUGUUGCGUCGGUCCGCUGCGGCGGGCCGCACUGAUCUGAAUGUAGAAAUAUAGAUAAGAUGGCUGACGGGCCCACGUCCCGCUGCCAGCCGCGCGAAGCGUCCAUAUUACAAACUUACCCUCCGAUGGACAAAUAGGUCGUUGGGCACGAGCGGCCCGCAUGCAAGCGGGCAUAGACCCAAUCGUACGGCUAAUUGUGGCUCGAUGUAUGCGAUUUAUUGUGUGCGAUCGCGAGUGUCGACGACGCCAGUCUUGUCUUUGUUACUUUUGCUGCUGCGAGCCUGUGUGGUGCGGCGCAUGAAAUUCCAGAUACUGUGCGAGUCGGCGUGUUUAAGUCAAGACAUAAUAUAGUAUCGAGGUCCGACGUC